UUUGUGAUUCCUUCCUUCAAGCCACUUUGACGAGCUACUCCGAGAACGUGGAGCGCACAAAGUAUGGAGGGGAAGGCAGCAAGGAGAUGGGCUCAGGAGGCAACCUGAAGCCCUGGCAGUCCCAGAAGUCCAGCAUGGACUCGUGCCUGUAUCGUGUGGAUGAGAACAUGACAGCCUCAACCUACAGCCUGAACAAGAUCCCGGAGAGGAACCUGGAGACCGUCCUGUCCCAGUCAGUGCAGUCCAUCCCGCUGUACCUCAUGCCACGGCCCAACUCGGUCGCAGCCACCAGCUCGGCCCACCUGGAGGACCUGGCAUACCUGGAUGAGCAGCGGCACACCCCCCUGCGCACCUCCCUCCGCAUGCCCCGGCAGAGCGUGGCUGGAGCCCGCACACAGCAGGACCUGCGAGUGCGCUUUGCACCCUACCGACCUCCAGACAUCUCCCUGAAGCCGUUGCUCUUCGAGGUCCCCAGCAUCACCACCGAAUCCGUCUUCGUGGGCCGGGAUUGGGUGUUCCAUGAGAUCGAUGCACAGCUGCAGAGCUCCAACGCCAGCGUGAAUCGUGGUGUGGUGAUCGUGGGGAACAUCGGCUUUGGGAAGACUGCCAUCAUCUCCAGGCUGGUUGCGCUCAGCUGCCACGGCACUCGCAUGAGGCAGAUCGCAUCCGACAGCCCGCACGCCUCACCCAAACAUGUGGAUGCAAACAGAGAGCUGCCCUUAACCCAGCCACCUUCUGCUCACUCCUCCAUCGCCAGUGGGAGCUGCCCGGGGACCCCCGAGAUGCGCCGGCGCCAGGAGGAGGCCAUGAGGAGGCUCGCUUCCCAGGUCGUCGCCUAUCACUACUGCCAGGCAGACAACGCCUACACCUGCCUGGUGCCCGAGUUUGUGCACAACGUGGCCGCCCUGCUGUGCCGCUCACCCCAAUUCGUCGCCUAUCGGGAGCAGCUGCUGCGUGAGCCCCACCUGCAGAGCAUGCUGAGCCUCCGCUCCUGCGUGCAGGACCCCAUGGCCUCCUUCCGCAGGGGGAUCCUGGAGCCCCUGGAGAACCUGCAUAAAGAGAGGAAGAUCCCUGAUGAAGAUUUCAUCAUAUUAAUUGAUGGCUUAAACGAGGCUGAAUUUCACAAGCCAGAUUAUGGUGACACCAUUGUAUCAUUCCUGAGCAAAAUGAUUGGGAAAUUCCCCUCCUGGCUGAAGCUGGUUGUGACCGUCAGGACAAGUCUACAGGAAAUAAUUAAGCUGUUGCCCUUCCACAGAAUAUUUUUGGAUAGACUGGAAGAGAACGAAGCCAUAGACCAGGACCUGCAGGCAUACAUCCUCCACCGGAUACACAGCAGCUCAGAGAUCCAGAACAACAUCUCACUGAACGGCAAAAUGGACAACACCACCUUUGGCAAACUCAGCUCUCACCUCAAGACCUUGAGCCAAGGGUCCUAUCUUUACCUGAAACUCACUUUUGAUCUCAUAGAGAAAGGAUAUCUAGUGCUAAAAAGCUCCAGCUACAAAGUAGUCCCAGUGUCUCUGUCAGAAGUUUACCUGUUGCAGUGCAAUAUGAAGUUCCCAACGCAGUCUUCCUUUGAUCGGGUUAUGCCUCUCUUGAAUGUGGCAGUGGCAUCUCUGCAUCCUUUAACAGAUGAGCAUAUUUUUCAGGCCAUUAAUGCAGGUAACAUUGAGGGCACUUUGGAGUGGGAUGACUUUCAGCAGAGGAUGGAGAACCUUUCUAUGUUUCUUAUCAAACGUAGAGACAUGACGCGAAUGUUUGUUCAUCCCUCUUUCCGAGAAUGGCUUAUUUGGAGAGAAGAAGGUGAAAAGACCAAGUUUCUUUGUGAUCCUAGGAGUGGCCACACACUGCUUGCCUUCUGGUUUUCCCGUCAGGAAGGAAAACUAAACCGACAGCAGACGAUCGAACUGGGACAUCACAUUCUCAAAGCACACAUUUUUAAGGGGUUGAGUAAAAAAGUUGGGGUGUCUUCCUCCAUCCUGCAAGGGCUUUGGAUCUCCUACAGCACUGAGGGCCUUUCCAUGGCUUUGGCAUCCCUGAGAAACCUCUACACCCCAAACAUCAAGGUCAGUCGGUUGCUGAUUCUAGGAGGUGCCAACGUGAAUUACAGGACCGAAGUUCUGAACAACGCCCCAAUUCUGUGCGUGCAGUCCCACCUGGGCUACACAGAGAUGGUGGCUUUGCUCCUGGAGUUCGGUGCCAAUGUAGAUGCUGCUUCUGAGAGCGGCCUGACCCCCCUUGGGUACGCUGCUGCUGCUGGGUUCCUGAGCAUCGUUGUGCUGCUGUGCAAGAAACGGGCCAAGGUGGAUCACUUGGACAAGAACGGUCAGUGCGCGCUGGUCCACGCCGCCCUCCGAGGACACCUGGAAGUGGUGAAGUUCCUGAUCCAGUGCGACUGGAGCAUGGCUGGGCAGCAGCAGGGGGUGUUCAAAAAGAGCCACGCCAUCCAGCAGGCCCUGAUCGCUGCAGCCAGCAUGGGCUACACGGAGAUUGUCUCCUACCUGCUCGACCUUCCAGAAAAAGAUGAAGAGGAGGUGGAGCGAGCACAGAUCAACAGCUUUGACAGUCUCUGGGGAGAGACAGCACUGACGGCAGCUGCGGGCCGGGGGAAGCUGGACGUGUGCCGGCUGCUGCUGGAGCAGGGAGCUGCCGUGGCACAGCCCAACCGGCGCGGCGUGGUGCCUCUCUUCAGCGCCGUCCGGCAGGGCCACUGGCAGAUUGUGGACCUGCUGCUCACCCACGGCGCCGACGUGAACAUGGCAGACAAGCAGGGCCGGACACCACUGAUGAUGGCUGCAUCCGAGGGACACCUGGGCACGGUGGAGUUUCUGCUUGCACAAGGUGCCUCCAUUUCUCUGAUGGACAAGGAGGGCUUGACAGCCCUCAGCUGGGCUUGCCUGAAGGGCCACCUGGCCGUGGUGAGGGCCCUGGUGGAGAAUGGGGCAGCCACCGACCACGCUGACAAAAAUGGGCGCACACCACUGGACCUGGCAGCUUUCUACGGUGACGCGGAGGUGGUUCAGUUCCUGGUGGACCACGGGGCCAUGAUCGAGCACGUCGACUACAGCGGGAUGCGUCCCCUGGACAGGGCGGUGGGGUGCCGCAACACCUCGGUGGUCGUCACCCUCCUGAAGAAAGGAGCAAAGAUAGGUUGUCAGACGUUACCGAGUCGCCCACGAGGUCCAGCAACAUGGGCGAUGGCCACCUCCAAACCAGACAUCAUGAUCAUCCUGUUGAGCAAGCUGAUGGAAGAGGGAGACAUGUUUUACAAGAAAGGUAAAGUGAAGGAGGCUGCCCAGCGCUACCAGUACGCCCUGAAGAAGUUCCCCAGGGAAGGCUUUGGGGAAGACCUGAAAACCUUCCGUGAGCUGAAGGUGUCACUCCUUCUCAACCUCUCCCGAUGUCGAAGGAAAAUGAAUGACUUUGGAAUGGCAGAGGAAUUCGCUACUAAAGCACUGGAGCUGAAACCGAAAUCUUACGAAGCUUACUAUGCAAGAGCAAGGGCCAAACGCAGCAGCAGCAGGCAGUUUGCAGCAGCCCUGGAGGACCUGAACGAGGCCAUCAAGCUGUGCCCCAACAACCGUGAGAUCCAGCGGCUGCUGCUGCGAGUGGAGGAGGAGUGCCGGCAGGUGCAGCAGCAGCAGCAGCAGCAGCAGCAGCCACCCCCGCUGCCAGCAGAGCCUGAGCCCGAAGCCCAGCAUGAAGAGCUGUAUUCUGUGCAAGACAUUUUUGAGGAGGAGUACCUCGAGCAGGACGUUGAGAACGUUUCCAUUGGCUUGCAGACGGAGUCCAGGCCAAACCAAGGGCUUCCCAUCAUCCAGAGCCCACCCCCCUCCCCGGCUCACCGGGACUCAGCAUAUAUUUCUGGCUCACCUCUCGGCUCCCAUCAGGUCUUUGAUUUCAGGUCCAACAGCUCGGUGGGCUCUCCCACCAGGCAGGCCUACCAGUCCACGUCUCCCACUCUGUCUCCAACACACCAGAAUUCCCAUUACCGGCCCAGUCCUCCGCACACCUCUCCUGCCCAUCAGGGCUCCUCGUACCGCUUCAGCCCACCUCCCGUCGGGAGCCAAGGGAAGGAAUAUCAGAGCCCACCGCCUUCUCCUCUUCGCAGAGGCCCUCAGUACCGCGCCAGCCCCCCCGCAGACGGCAUGAGCGUGUACAGGUCGCAGUCGGGCUCCCCGGUUCGCUAUCAGCAAGAACCCAGUGCUGUCAGCCCACUCCCCGGCAGGCCCAAAUCCCCGCUGUCCAAAAUGUCACAGCGCUCCUUCCAGAUGCCCCAGCUGCCCGUGGCCGUGCCUCAGCAGGGCCUGAGGCUGCAGCCAGCAAAGGCGCAGAUCGUGCGGAGCAACCAGCCCAGCUCAGCCGUGCACUCCAGCACCGUCAUCCCCACCGGUGCCUACAGCCAGGUUGCCCACUCGAUGGCCAGCAAGUACCAGGCGGCGGCGGGGGAGAUGGGGGUCAACCAGAGCAGGCUGGUGUACCAGGGCUCCAUCGGGGGGAUCGUAGGGGACAGUCGGCCCGUGCAGCACGUGCAGGCCAGCCUCAGUGCGGGGGCCAUCUGCCAGCACGGAGGGUUGGCCAAGGAAGAUCUUCCGCAGAGGCCGUCCUCGGCGUACAGAGGGGGCAUGAGGUACAGCCAGACACCCCAGAUCGGGCGCAGCCAGUCUGCUUCCUACUACCCCAUGUGCCACUCAAAGCUGGACCUGGAGCGUUCAUCUAUGCCCUCUGGCCAGCUCGGCUCGCCGGACGUGUCCCACCUCAUCCGGAGGCCCAUCAGCGUUAACCCCAGCGAAAUCAAGCCUCACCCGCCGACCCCGAGGCCGCUGCUCCAUUCGCAGAGCGUCGGCCUGCGCUUCUCUCCCUCCAGCAAUAGCAUCUCAUCCACCUCCAACCUGACGCCCAACUUCCGCCCCUCCGCCUCGAUCCAGCAAAUGGAGAUCCCUCUCAAGCCGGCCUACGACCGGGCGUGCGACGAGCUGUCCCCAGUGUCCCCCACUCAGGGUGGGUACCCCAGCGAGCCGGCCCGUUCCCGGACCACACCGUUCAUGGGAAUCAUUGACAAAACCGCUCGGACUCAGCAGUACCCCCACCUCCAUCAGCAGAACCGGACCUGGGCCGUGUCAUCAGUGGACACUGUUAUUAGCCCUACGUCUCCUGGCAAUCUCCCCCAGCCGGAAUCAUUUAGCCCACCUUCUUCAAUCAGCAACAUUGCCUUUUAUAACAAAACCAACAAUGCACAGAAUGGCCAUUUGCUAGAGGAAGACUAUUACAGCCCCCAUGGGAUGCUGGCCAAUGGGUCCCGGGGAGACCUACUGGAGAGAGUCACCCAAGCCUCCUCGUACCCUGAUGUGAAGGUGGCGAGGACGCUGCCGGUGGCACAGGCCUACCAGGACAACCUGUACAGGCAGCUCUCCCGGGACUCCCGGCAAGGGCAGACAUCCCCAAUCAAACCAAAGAGACCAUUUGUGGAGUCUAAUGUGUAAGAGACGCUUGUUGGAGUAAGACCCUUAUGUUUGCAGCACACACUUCCAAGCUUGAUUUCCAUGCAUAUUAUUAUUAUUAUUAUUAUUAUUAUUAUUAUUAUUAUUAUUUUUAUUUCUCUUUGGUAGCGACAUGACCACGUUUCUCCGGUACUUGGUGCAGUGGUCAGACACCAUGCACGCGCUCCAGCCCUUCCGUCCCCCAGCUGACUGUGAAGCCACCAUCAGCCAAGCAGUACAUUGCCCAAUUCCAGCUGAGCUCCCUCACUUGGCAGCUGCCAACCAGGAUAUCCCAGUACGCGGUGCGGGGUAGGCCAGGAACAUCCCCUACGCAGUGGGAGGUAACCGGAUCUUUUUCAGGAGACAAUCGCGUCCAAUUUCAAUUAGUUUCUUAUGUCUCAAUGAGCUCUUACUGGUGACAGUUCCCGGUGGGAGCAGAACAGGUGUCCCAAGAACCUCUUCUGGGGCUGCAUCUGCAGGCUGCCACUCAGCAGGGCUGUUCCCUGCCCAGCAUUCCCUUUGCUCAGACAGAGCAGAGCAUCAUUCGUAGCUAUGCACAGCACCCAUCCUGCUCGACCGGUGUGCAGCAUUGCAAUUGGAAUUGUGUUUCUUUAAUUGCUUACGCUGCCAGAAGAGAUGGGGGUCACCAGGUGCUUUGCUACUUUGUCAUCUGGGUGUCCUGAUGUUGGUUUACUCACGGGCACGUUGCAGGUGCUCAGAGAUUGCACAUUCAUGGGCCGAGGGAAUUGGGUUAGGAGUGGGACCACAGCUCAGUUGACCCAUUAGCAGAUGGCUGCAUCCCAAACGUGGCACCACAUUUAUCACCAGGACAGCUGAAUGUUGGGGUUUUCAUCUGUUUGGGGGCUUUUUAUGGUGUUCUGUCUUUUCGACUAGGAAAUCCUUUCCGAAAAGGAAAUCCACAGUUUAUUUCUUGGCUGGGAUGUGUAACGUGGCACUGUGGCUCUGGGAUGGGAUGAGUCCGGUGACAAUGGUUGCAGGGUCCAUCCCAAAAUCUUGCAAAGCGAUUGCUCUGUUCUCUUACCUGUAGAUGGGAGAGAUGGUGCUUUGCUCUUUAAGGACCUUUAGUUAAAAGAGAGAUAUUUAUAAUUUAUUUAUGUGCUCUGUUUCAGGACAUUUUUUUGUGCUUUGGUUGUUUUUCUCUUAUUUUUUGUAAAUCAAACACAAGUCACAUCAAGGCAGUGUGAACAGCGGGGGACACUUCCAGAAACCUUUGUGCUGAAUUUUGCAGUUGUUCCCUGGCAUUUCUUGGGAUGAGUGGAGGGACUUCUUUACCAAUGCUUCACUUAGUGCUGCUUGCUUUGUAAUUUGCCUUUCCAUUACUGAGGGCGAUUGGUUGGACGAGCGAUAAACCUGGAGCUUGUUUUAAAGCAAAAAUAGUGCCUGUUGUCCACUGCUGAGCCUCACCCAUAGCAGCUCUUAACAGCAAAGUCAUAGAACCAUGAGGUGGUUGGGUUAGAAGGGACCUUACAGCCCGCCGGCUCCAAGCCCUGCUGUGGGCUGAGUGCCCUCCCCAGCUGAGGCUGACCCCAUCCGUGGUGUUAUGGGGCAAGAAAGGGAUCUGGUGCUGAGCAGGAAGAGUGAGCAGAACCUGUUGAUGUUUCCAAAGGGCUACCUAAAUCUGGACGUAGAUUGCAGAAUGCCUCAAACUGAGCCACAGCACUCAGCCUGGAGUUAAGCCAGCCCCGGCGGUGGUCGGGCUCAGCCCAAGUUGGGCACAGCAGGACCUCGUGUCUCACAGACACACCAAGACCAUCCCGGGCUUUUCCUCUGCUUGUGUUGUGUAUUUGUUCAGGGCACUGUUUGCAUUGAAGUUGGCUCGUUGCUUCUCAAGAACAGCUCAGCCCCAACCUUGGCUUUCUCACAGGGCUGAGGGAGUGCCGGCAGCGCUGCUUCUCUCCGUGGAAGCAGCGUGCUGCUGUGUGUCCCUCUUUUGGAAGCAGUUGUGCUUUGCAAGUAGAAAACCCCUUCCCCUCAGUUUCUGAACACGAGCAGCUUUCUGCCUUCAGUUGCUUCUUGGAAUGGGAAAAGGAACCAAGCUCAGCCCCGCUCUGCUGCGCAGCAAAGCGCACACUUGGAGAGCUGCAUGCGCUGUGCUGCUCACUGCACCAUGUCCCCCAGUGCCACCUCGGGUUUGUGAAGGUGUUUUAAGGAUAAAACCAGAACACAGCUCUCACUGUAACCACACACAUGGAGACAACACUGGCGUAGUGCAGCGUGUGGGUUUGUCACGAUGGUGAGUGUUGCAUUUUCACAGGAUUCUUGCACUAGCGGUUUUCCAUCUGUUCUCUCUGUACAUGGGUGCACUUUACUGUUAGAAUUUGUUCCUCUGAUAAAUACUGGAUAUUUAAGUGAGUAGUGUCCUCGUUAGGAAAUAGCAAAGCAGCUCUCGUCUCUUGGUGUAUUUUUCAAAAAAGAAAAAGGG